CCUGCGCCGCUGCUCCUCCUUCUCCUGCUGCUGCUGCUGCCGGGCACGGCGCACGGUGCGUGUGCCCGUCUUCCGGACUUCAGGACUUGCGACACCACCGGGGAGGUCAGCGCGCCGCCCUAUGCUGUCGGGACUUCUGUGACAUACCGGUGCCGUCCAGGUUAUAAGGCUAUUCAAGGAAAGUCCCUUACCAUUGUUUGUCAGGAAAAUUCAGUCUGGUCGGACACCUCAGAGCUUUGCACAGCCAAAGAGUGUGUACGUCACGAAGUGGAGAACGGCAGACUUGUGGAUGCGUCAGAUGUCACGUUUGGUGCCACAAUCUAUUUUACCUGCAAUGAAGGUUACAGGUUAAUUGGGGUGCAAUCUGUCAAGUGUGUGAUUAAGGACUCUGGCGUUGACUGGGAUAACAAUUUUCCGAUCUGUGAGGCGAUACCAUGCCACCUGCCUCCUGCCAUCACCAAUGGAACCAUUACGAACGAAGCAGAAAAUUAUGUCUUUGGCACGUCAAUAACUUACAAGUGCAACGGUGAUCUCUCCCUCAUUGGCAAUCCUUCCAUUCACUGUACAACAAAGGAUAAAGUCAAUGGAGUCUGGAGUGGGCCUGCCCCUACGUGCAAAGCGGUCCGUUGUUCAAAUCCAGACAUCGUGAAUGGGAAAAGAACGAGUGGCUUUCAACUUCACUAUUCCUAUAAUAACACAGUAAUAUUUGAGUGUAAUCCUGGCUAUCGCAUAAAGGGCGACAACAUAGUUAGGUGUGAAGCAAACAGUACCUGGGUGCCACCUUUGCCAACCUGCGUCUCAAGUCCAACUACACAAGCUGCAACUACAACUCGCCCUUCAAAAGGAACAAAACCUGCUUCUGGGAAUACAGGUGCUGCUACCAUGGUUUCUGUUGGAAGCAUGCCCCUCCUGGUGGCAGUGCUGUUUAUCACCUUUCACAUCUAUUAUCUCAUUUAAUAUGGAAGAAAAGCUGAGAGAGCCUGAAGAGACUCAUCUCCUGAUUUUUAAACUCAAUGGACUACAAUCAAAGUAGAACUCCUAUUGCUCUUGCUGCAGGCCUUCCCCCCACCCUUUCCUUCUCUGAUGAACUAGAAUAGAAAUGAAGAUCCAUUAUACUGGAGAAAAACAAAGCUGGGAGAAACAUCUGAGAGAACUGCAUUUCCCUGUGAACAAGCAGCAGAUGCUAUACUUCACUCUGCUGUUACACUACAUUUAUUUAUGUAUUUAUUUAUCAUCCUUUAAGGAGUAUUUUAAUCCGUCUGAGUGGUGUAUUCUAAGCUAAUAUCAUUACAGAGGGGUUUUUUGUACGCUUCCACCAAGUGCAAUGUUAUUUUCUAAUGAUACCAAAGAUACUCGUAUUGAAGUGCUGUAGUCUUGUCUGCGAACCUUAUAAAUUUACCCUCUGUUAAUUUAAGAAUGUCCAUGUUUCUUUAUUUCCAUCUCCACUUAACUUUAAAAUGUUAUUUCUUACAACCUGUUAUAUGUACAUGGGAACAUAAGAAGGUGAAGUGUGUGGAUGUGCACGUUCCUUGAAAGAUGCUCAUAAUCUAUGCCAGCGUUUAAAAACCAUGCUUCUGCAGAGAAGAAUAGCAACUCAUGUUUUUCUAUGCCAGCAGUGAGUAUGUAACUAGUAAGACAGUUGUACCUGUGAGCAAAGUCUUCAGUGACAAAUUGUGCCUACAUUUAACGUCUAGCUGGAAAUGAGUGCUGAAGAUUUUUUUUUUUAACUGUCUGGGGUGGGGGAGAAGCGUAUAAAUACACAAAAGCUAUCCCUUUUAUUGAAUCAUCAUCAUCAUCAUCACAUCUUCUGAUGUCAAUGCUGAUAACAUCAAUUUAUUUCUGUUUCUGCAUAUACUCAAGUUGUAUAGAAAUAAAUUUGGCAAUUUGAAUGAAACUUCCUGAACAAGCGUGGAAUGCAAAUGCUUUAAAAAAAAAUUAAACCUUCCUAAAUAAAGAGAACCCUGAAUAAA